UUAGUAUUCAGCAUCAACUCGCGAAUCCAGCUCCCCCUAAGCGAGCCCCCGAAAAGGCCGCAGACGAGUUUCUUCAAAGUCUUAGUCUUAAUAUGCCAAGUCUUAAUAGUCCUUUGGAGCCUUCAGUCAGCGACGGCAUCCAGGACAUUGAUUCCUUCCGACCAAAGGCUUUAACAGCGAUGAAAGCUUCUGCGAUGCCAAAGAUUCCCAAAAAGUGGAAAUGGGAGGGUGAUCUAUUUGUUGACUUUGCUAAGAACCAAGCCAAGAAAGUUUGUGAAGUGACGAUCAAGGAUGCGACUGAUUCGCACGAUAACGGUGCUCGCAUGAGUUUCAUGAUGGCGCAAACUAAUUCCAUCCGCAUCCAAAAACUCUACAAUGUUACGGAUCUCACACCGGUUUUUCGUGCAUGUGGAGAAGCUCAGCAAUUUGCCAAACUUGAAGCUUUGGAAAAUCAAGAUAGUCAGGCACUGCACGGACUGUUUCGUUACAUGUCAAUUAAGCGACAGGUUGCUGUUCUCCCACUGUCAUUGGAUGGCGCAGAACUUGCUCUGCUCUUUAUUUUCAGCCCAUCAUUGGAUGCCCUUUGUAAGUUUUUGCGCGUACCAGAGCAUCUACGACAGAAUUCGCAGAACACCCAUGUUUUGGUAGCCCUGUUGCCAUGGCUGAUCUCGUCUGCCAAAUACAUCAAAGGAACGACGCGUAACCAGGUCGAUAAAACCAUACAGCAGCUAUCGACUCCGAGUGGUCAAUCGAAAGACAGCCGUCGUCGCAUACUGAGAGAGGCUGCCAUGGCUAUUGAUCUGCUUUCAAUUCCACGCGAGCUCUUGGAUUUCAUGCAGUUUUCAAACAGGAAAUAUUGUAUCUGGUCCUUCCCGGCCGACGGAGCAGCCUUGAAUCCUGGUUUUGAGACCCGACAACUUAAAUAUGUGCUGGACAAGACCAAAGCUAUGUCAGUUAGCCUUGACGCAGAAGCUCGGGUAAUAUUCAUUCAUGUCGGAGCCCUCAAGACUUUUCACGAGCUUUCUGCUGUGGUCACCAAGCGGCGCGACGCGCCUGAAGUUCGCUUUUUCACCUACGGCACACAUGAGUCUGUUCCGUCCAGCAGGUGGGGCAUGCGCGAGAUUUUCCCUUUGGGUGGUAUUGUCACCUUCACGCCUUUGGCUAUCGCCGAAGAUCCUAUUGGAUGUCACAGUUUGAUGCGUAACCUCGCGCAGCAUCCCCUCUGGGAAUGUUACCUGAUACCUUCGAUCGUGGGUUUGAGCCAUGCCCUGGCAUGCGGCAAGGAUAAGCCAGUUCCAGAAAUUAUGAGUAUGGACUCGUGCCUUCUUCCCAUUCUGGACCUGGCAGACGCAGGCAGCAUCUCUGUCACGAAAGCGCCUACCAAACAUAAUGAUGACGCCUGGAUUGCCGAAACUCUUGAGCAGCAAUUGUUGGAAGUAGAAGAUGUGCUGCGAGAAUGCGUCAAAAGCUCGAUAGAGCGCUUCGCUCACUCCAGCGAAUCUGACGUCCUGAUUGAAGCGGACCGGGAGAUUUCUCAGGAUCUCAUCAAUAUGGAGCUGCAGCCUAAGUUCAUGGACAAUUACCGCCGAUUUGUGGUCAUCAGAGCUGCAUCCGAGGAAACUCGCAGCCUCCCUGAAGGCGGAUCGGGGCUCGAGUGGUCUUCGCUAUCAAACUUCGCAUUUAAGGAUGAUUACUUCCUUGGAUCAUAGAUUUUAGUCAUGUGGUUAUGUACCAUAGUUUAGUCAUGUAGUCGGUGUCCUUCAAGUCCAACAAUCGUGUACAAAUCUCAGUUUACAUGUGAUUGUACCGCCGGUCCGCAGGCGUUCCACUAGCACGCAAGUGAUUCCUUUAGCUGGCACACAACCAUGUCCAGCAUUACCCAGUGGCUGUUAGACCCCCGCAUACACGACUACCUUGCCAUCGUAAAAGGCGCACGUAAUGGCUUCGUGUACGGAGUCAAAGUCA